UCCCAUCAUUAAAGUUCUUGAAUCUCACCAUCGCUCUCUAAAAGAACCCAGAUUACACAAACACCAUAAAAUUCCAACAAAGGAUAAAAUGUCCAAACCCGGAAUCCAUCUCAUAAUCAAACUCCACAUACUACUCCUUUUAGUCCAAAUCCAUUUUUCAGUUUUCGCUGGGGGUUCAAAUUUUGAAGACAGUGCAAUUGAUGCCUUAUUGGAAAGGGGUUGUACCCAGAAGAUUGGAGAAUGCGAUGAAGAGGCCGAGAUGGAAUCAGAGAUCAGCAGGAGAGUCUUGUUGAUGCAGAAGAGGUAUAUAAGCUACGAGACACUCAGGAGGGACAUGGUUCCUUGUGCAAAACCAGGAGCUUCAUACUACGCUUGUCAUGCUGGACAGGCAAAUUCCUACAGCAGGGGCUGUGAGGUCAUCACAAGGUGUGCUAGAGGCUGAUAAAUGCUUUCUUUGGAGGGUAAUGUGUUGCCAUGAUGCCUAUGUAAGCUUUUCUUUUCUUUUUUAUUUUUGGGAGAGAUCUGUGGAUUUCCAAUUGAAUCAAUUUCAAAGCAUUUAGGGAAGUUUAAGAUGAUUGGUUUUCUGUGUUAAACUAAGAAAACUAUGAUUAAGAAAUGCACCUACUGAUCAAGUGAUUAUGAAUUAAAACCAGUUGUUUUGAUUUUUA